AUGAGUGCCUUGUGUUUCCUGGCUUUGGUUUUACACCUGACCCUACUCACUGCCGUAGACAGUGAUGUUACCCGCCAAAACUUCAAGUUUGUUGUCGACGAAGAUGUUGUUUAUAACCACAUCCUUGAAGGUCACGUGUUUCGAAGAUUGACAGUCUACAACACUGCCCAGUGUCACGUGAUGUGUAAAGAUGACUGUUUCUGCGCGUCCAUAAAUUAUUUCCCUGUUUCCAUGGAAAAUAACUGUGAACUUAGUGUUGUUAACAAAGAAAUGGAGCCUGCAGCACUGAAAUGGAAGCAAGGAGUUAAUUAUUAUGAUUUGGCGAAGAGCUACACAGUGAAGGGUAGAGGCAAGUUCAUCUCGGGAAUACAUCGCUGUGUGAACAGAUGCUGUCGUGGCAAUCCUUGUAUUAACGGAGGGGUGUGUCAGGAGAUUUGUGACCCUCACGGCCCACGGUUUAUCUGCACCUGCCCCAACACUCACACAGGCCGGCGAUGUGACAAGAUUAAACAUCCAAGAACCUGUAAAGACAUUGCUAAAAACGGGGCCUCGACAUCUGGAAAGUACCUCAUUUUUGAUUCUGCAAACGAAGCGUUUUCUGUUUUCUGUGACAUGGAAUCAGAACCAGGAUUUGUUUGGGCUUUGAUACAAUCGUUUUCCUUGGCUAAUAAAGGCAUGUUCAAAAAAAAAAUAUUUGGCGUUGAUUUCCCAGUGAACCAUACAAAGAAUAAAGUGGAUUGGAACUCGUACCGCCUGUCCUUACCACAGAUGGAAUCCCUUGCCAAUCACUCAACACACCUACGAGUUACCUGUAACUUCCCAACAGAUGGUCUGCAGUAUACCGACUACGCACGCGCCAAGCUGGAAGGUCACGACAUAUUUGACACCUGGAGUAAUAUGUGUCAGCUAUAUGAGUACAUAAACAUCCGGGGACAUGAGUGCUCUAACUGCACAGCCGGGACAAACCAAAUAGCUGGGAAAGCUUGGAGCAUUAAGAGUUACCAGAGUAAACUGGGAUGGGGCUGUGAUUUCGAUGGAAGUCCAGGGGCAAUUAGCAGUAACGAAAGAAACUUUGGCUAUUAUGGUGACGGUACUGUAAAUGCUGAUCAUCGCUGUACCUCUUCACCAGCGUCGACUACACAACACUGGUUUGGAACUAAGUAUGAGUGGUAAAGGACUAUUACAUUCAAAUGCACAAAGUUAAGUCCACGCACUUACGUGACAUAGCCCACCGAGUCGAAUCAUAACUUUAUUUUCGAAACCAUCACUUGACUUGGAGAAUAGUCUUUGUUUCAGGAAUGGACGCCGCUUUGUCAAAGUUUUAGCCUCGAACACUUUCUCGGUUUGUGCCCGACAAUUUUCUGUCGCCUAUUUCUACGUCUGAGAGUAGAAAAGACAUAACAUUUAUAAAAAUUGAAAGGACGUCCGUUACGGCCCUAAACCUUAACCGCAGUACAGGGCCAUUGCCAGGUUAGAACCCACACGUCUCAAUCCAAUACGUAGAAGAGAAUAAUAUAUAGAUUUAGCCAAGCCUAAAAGCGGAAC